AUGCAACAGCUGGAUAGUGUAAACUUGGAUUUGAUAGAUAUUCAUGCACCUGCACAGACGUAUUAUACCACAGGAAAUAACGCUGGCAAUGCUAUCAACAGGCUCCGUACAUUUUCGGUAACAAAAAAAUUUUUAUCUUUGUCAAAAUUUAGUGAAACUAGUGCACAAAGAAAGAGAAGAGCUUCGCAUGAUGCUAAAAAUAAAGCUCGAAAAUUUUUAUUGGAUGUUAAAGAGACACAGCGUAUCUUGGUUGAGCAGGAAGAUACAGAUGGCGAUUUUCAAAUUACUGUCAAUGAUUUAGGCCCAAAGUCGCUUGCUGUAGGUAGCGCAGAUUCUGGUGGAUAUCGUAAAAUUGAGAUUAGAGGCACCUAUAUGCUAUCCAAUCUAUUGCAAGAAUUAGCUCUGGCAGAGGAUUGUGGUCGUAAAUAUAUUGUAUUGGAUGAAGCAAGACUAAGCGAAAAUCCAGUAGACAGACUAUCACGUAUGAUUCGUUACAACUUUUGGGAUGGCCUUACGCGUCAUAUGGAUGCUGAGGGUCUAGAAAAAAUAUGUAUGGACCCAAAGAACAGAUCGGCUAAUCACAACCCUCGAAUUUAUGUUCCCUAUGACGAGGACCAAGUAUUUGAUUAUUAUCAGCAUGUGGCACAGACCAAGCCUCAUCUAGGCCUUGAAGUUGAAAGAUUACCAAAAGACAUUACUCCAGAAUAUGUUCAAAGCAUCAACGAUAGACCUGGCAUUCUUGCACUAGCACUUAAAACAUCAACAGACGAAGAAGGAAACACUGUUUUCCGAGGAGUCCCGUUUGUGGUACCCGGUGGCCGUUUCAAUGAAAUGUAUGGAUGGGAUUCAUACUUUGAGGCACUCGGUCUCUUGGUUGACGAGCGUAUUGAUCUGGCACAAGGCAUGGUUGAUAACUUUACUUACGAAAUUAAGCAUUAUGGAAAAAUUCUCAACGCUAACAGAUCAUACUAUCUAUCUCGUUCCCAGCCUCCCUUUUUGACAGAUAUGGCAAAGCAAGUCUACAUGAAGUUGCCAAAGACUGAGGAAAACAAGAAAUGGUUGCGCUCUGUGCUUCAAGCAGCCAUCAAGGAAUAUGAUACAGUGUGGAUGGCUGAGCCACGCUUGGACCCCAAAACUCAGUUAUCUCGUUUUAGACCAGAUGGUAAAGGCAUACCUCCUGAAACCGAGGCAUCUCAUUUCGACCAUGUCAUUUUGCCUUAUGCCAAAAAAACUGGAUUAAGCAUAGUCGAAUACAUGAGACAGUAUAACGAGGGCGUCAUACAGGAACCUGAACUAGAUGAAUACUUUUUACAUGACCGUGCUGUCCGUGAAAGCGGCCAUGAUACAACUUACCGCUAUGAGGGUAGAUGUGCAAAUCUUGCUACAAUUGAUUUAAAUGCUCUGCUUUACAAGUACGAAACUGAUAUAGCCGAUAUGAUUGAACAAGAUCUCGAUGGUUAUCUUGUUGACUAUCAGGGUUCUUCACAAGACCCUCAGGUAUGGAGACAGCGGGCUGAACAAAGAAAGACGCGAAUCAACAAGUAUCUAUGGAACGAAGAGGCUGGCAUGUAUUUCGAUUAUGAUACAGUCGCAGAAGAGCAGAGUAACUAUGAAAGUGUUACCACUUUUUGGGCCAUGUGGGCAAAAUGCGCAAGUCAAGAACAAGCGGAAAAGAUGGUGCGUAUGGCAUUACCUAAGUUUGAGGUUACAGGCGGACUUGUGUCAGGUACGGCAGAAUCUAGAGGCGAAAUCAGCUUAGAUAGACCAAAUCGACAGUGGGAUUUCCCCUUUGGUUGGGCCCCACAUCAAAUCCUUGCAUGGCGUGCUUUUGAAAAUUAUGACAUGCAGCCUAUUGCUCUUAGAUUGGCUUAUCGCUGGCUAUACAUAAUUACAAAAUCUUUUGUUGACUUUAAUGGAGUUGUACCCGAAAAGUACGAUGUUGUAAGCUUAACACACAAGGUUCAAGUAGAAUACGGUAACGUUGGCGUGGAUUUCAAGUAUGUGCCACGAGAAGGAUUUGGCUGGAUGAACGCUUCUUAUCAAAUCGGCUUGAACAUGCUCACAAAACAGAUGCGCCGUGCUUUAGGGACAUGCACACCUCCCGCUGUUCUAUUUGAGAAAUAUCAUGGACGAUCUAUGGAAGAUACAGCCAAGGCCAUUACACAAAACGGUCAAACAACUACUGCUAUCACAGUCAUUGAUCCUGAUACGAUCAUUACCACAAACAAAAUGAAGCCCUUAGAGACAAUCGAUACCACACUAUUUUUAUCACCUGAGGAAAGUAAUAAUGAUGAAGAUACAUUUUACGAUGCUCUAAGCACCUCACACAAUGAAGAACAAGAUUAA